GAUUGCGAUUGAGAGUCAUGUUGAAGUUCUUGUCCAAAGUGAAGAUCGAAUUCAAUGCCCUAGAUACACGCACGGCGGCGUGUAUGGAAUUCUUGGCUCAGUGCAAUGCUCGAACGGCCAAGGAAUCCAAUCCUUCCUGCCAGUUGUUGGUCAAGCGCCGGACUGACAGCCACCCACCGCAGAUCUCCGUCACAUUCGUAAAUGGAGUGGAGGAGGUUUUUGAUGCCACCUCCACACCUGCACAGACCAUCCGGAAGAUGAUUCUGGAAAAAGGUCUGCAGCUCGAGACGGAGCAAAUGUUUCGUGAAGCUGGCGAGAAGUGGCCCGUUAUUAUUCCAGAGGAAGAGCUCCAUCAAUCGUUCCCUGGUACUAAGCCAAGGAAAGCUGAAGAAAAGAAGCAAUAGAUGAAUAACUAUCCACUUUGAUAAAGGAAUGAAGUGGAACAGGAUUAACAUGUGGUAUGUGGAUGAUAUUUGCUUCAUGUUUUCAGGGUAUUAAACCAAGGGUUUUUGUUUUGGAAUCAACAUGAACAUCCCUUUUGUGUUUCAACUUAAUACUUGCGCUUCCAGUUUAGUUUAUCUUUUUGGGCAUUAACUGUAACUUUCCAAUUGAGUAAAGAAUCAUGCAGUUUCUGUCA